AUGGCUUCACACAAUAAUACAGACGAUCCUCCUCCUCCCCCUGACGGAACACAAGAUAAUGAUGAUCCUCCAUUAGGAUUUGAGAAUGCUGUUGAGCAGCAACCAGAUUUAGAUGAAGAAAAUAGAAGACGUUUUCCGCAAAUGCCUGCAUUAGCAUUUCAUCCUUGGGAAGGUAUUGAACCACAACAUAUAGAAGAUGAUGACGACGAUGAUGAGGAUGAUGAUGAUGAUCAAGCAAUGAAUGUUUUAGAAGAUAAUCUAAAUCAUGAACAAGAACAACUCAAUCGUCUACAAGAACAAAUACGUCAUAUUCAACGACAUUUAUUACUUGAUUUAAAUAAUCGCGCAGAACAUUUAGACGAUAUGGAUGACGACGACGAUGAUGAUGAAGAUGAUGAAAAUUGGGAAGACGCAGAAGUUGCAUCAUCAGGUGACGAAAAUCAAGAUGGUACAAUUACGUAUGAUCGUCUCUUACCUACAACACAUUCUUAUAUGAAUGUUGAAAAUUUUCAAGAAUUUAGUGGUGUUUGUUUGUUAUCCGAUGAUCGUCGUUGUCUUCUUCAUAUUGUUGAAUUAGCAAAUAUGAUAUUAAUACCAAAUCAAAUUGUUCCAUGGCAAGUUUUUAAUACACGUACAGCACGAAUGAUUAAAGAAGCUAAACAAGAACAACGUUUAUUCGGUGUUAUUGAUGCAUGUUCAUCUUUUUUAAAUAAUGAUCCUAAAUAUGGUACAACUGCUGAAAUUGUUUCUUAUUAUGAAGAAUUAAAUGAUAAUUCAUUGCAAUUAAAAAUUAUUGGUCGACAACGUUUUAUUAUUGAUGAUCCAUCAACAAUGAAACGUGAUUUAAAUGGUAUAUUACGUGCUUAUGUUAGAAUUUUACCUGAUAUACAAUUAAAACGACCACCAUUACCAAUAAUAAGUCAAAAUUUUAUUCAUACAAUUAAUUUUGUAUUACAAUAUGAUCUUUGUUUACAACGACAAAAACGUUUAAAUCAAAAAUAUAUAAAUGAUAAUGAACAAACAACAACAACAAGUUGUGGACAAGCAUUAGUAAAUUUAAUUAAACGUAAACGAACAACAUCAUCAUCAUCAUCAAUAACCUCAUAUGAUACAAAAAGUUUAGUACAUAUAAAACUUUCUAAUCAACAUCUAUUUCGUAUACGAUCUCGUAAAUGUCCAUGGUCAUUAACACCAUAUCCAUAUUGGGUUGUACGUCGAUAUGAUGAUAUGUAUAUAAUGUCAUUAGUUAAAUUUGAAUUGAAUAAUACAAUGUUAGCUAAUGAUGAUGGUUCAUUACCUGUAACACCAGAUCGUUUUGCUGAUUGGCUAUUAAUGAAUAUUCCAUUUGAAAUUCAAACUGUACAAAAAAUUUUAUCAUUUCCUACAACUAUUCAACGACUACGUUUUGUUUUAUCAUGGUUAAGACGUUAUAAAAAAUUUGCUUGUCGUCAAUGUGCAGCAGAUAUAUGUGAAGAUCGUGAUCUAUUUUCAAUAUCUGCAUCAGGAUUAAUGGCAGCAUAUGUUAAUCCUCAUGGACACAUUCAUGAAACAUUAACGGUACUUCAAGCAAAAAAUAUUCGUUUACUUGGUCAAGAAGUAGCAGAACAUUCAUGGUUUCCUGGAUAUAAAUGGACCAUUGUUCAAUGUCGUUUAUGUGGUAGUCAUCUUGGUUGGCGUUUUCGUAAUUCAUCACUUAAACCAUCAACAUUUUAUGGUUUAACUCGUAAUGGACUUAUUUUUGCUAAACAUACCACAGGCAAUGAUGGAGAAGAAGAGCUAGACGCAGAACGAACAACACAUCCUUCAAUGGAUAAUGAAGAAUGA